GGUCGUUGAAAAGCUUUUUGUUUCCGGAACUAAAAAACAAGCUCAACAGUGUAGCAUCCGGUAUGUUCACACGUUGUCUUGUUGUUAACUACACGAACGUUUUAUUUUUAAAAUCAUUAUGUUUGUUAACUAGUUAGUUUACGGACCGACGCUGGUUCGGUUCCGCCUCCUGUGAGUCAACGUGUCUAUUUAAUGUGGCACCGGACAUUUGAUCCUCCUCAGCCUCAGUUGACUGGUUUGUCUCUGCGGAGACAUGAUGCCGGAACAACACGACUGUGACCUGCUCCAGUCAAACAGUCCGUGUGACAGCAAGAAGAAGAAGAAGAAGAAGAAAGGGAAGAGAAACACCGCUUCCAUCGGUCCUCCGGAAAACACACGUCAAGAGAAACCUCACACUAUGCCUCUGCAUCCUGAGACCCUGCCGGGUUCUCUGCUGACCCCUCAGAGUGCCGCUCAGCCCCGAGCCCCGCUGCCCAAGCUCCCAGCUGCAGGUAAGAAGGGUGGAGAGCAGUCCGCUGGCAGCGGCACGAGGAGCAAAAAACACCCGAAGAAUUCACCAGCCCCCCUGACGGCAGCAAACAAAACCAGCGGCAGUGGAGCUCCAGCAGUGUCGGAGCUCAGCAACCAGGCCAGGGAGAGCCUGAGGUGGGAGGGAGCACUGGAGGACCCCCAGGCUGAGGAGAAGAGGCUGGAGCUGUACAGGGCCAACAGGCGGCAGCGUUACAUCACACACAGAGACACUGUGUUGAGAGAAAGCCAGGAUGCACUGAGAUGGACUUUUCCUAAAGAGUGCGGGGAGAAAAAGGCUUUGACUAAAUCUGUCCAGCAGGAGACGGCAUCCUUACAGCGACUGAGCACACACUUAAUUAUAGAGGCAAACAAGAGUUAAUCAUAUCGGGCUUUAUUUGUCAACAGUGUAGAACAGAUUGAGGCACACAGUGAGGAUCGUUGGACCGAAGACGAACUGAGCAUGAGUUGCCAAUUCUGUACUUUUUAAGACAGCCGUUAGAAGCGUUUCUCUGGCAGCUACAGACCAACGGAUCCACAGUGGACCUGAAUAGGCCUUUUCACAACUUAAAAGAGGAUUUGCAGAGUUUAUCUUGUGCUUGUAAAUUAUGCAACACUUGCAGAAAAGUCCCUAACGGGUUGUUUCAGGCCUGAAACACUAUCAGGAUAAUGUCCCACACCUCCAUGUCCACAAGUCAGAGAGAGCUCAACAAAACCAAUGUUUUAUAUUGGUUUUAUUUGCUGGAACAAUAUGCAGGGAUAUGCUUUCCUCUCAUUUCUUGCUGCUCUGUAUCUUUAACCCUAUGAGACAAACAAAAAGGCAGUUUAAAACCUACAUAUUUGGUCCAGUAUGCAGUUUAAUUUCCUGAUUCAGCGAAGUGUUAAUAAUAAUAUUGUCAGUGUCAGUGAUGAACAUAAGAAGUAACAGAGAGACACUUUAUUUCUGGUUGGUUGUUCCUGCCUGUGCUGAAUCGCUGCUGGACGACAGGUGGCAGAGAAGUCACACGUUUCCUGAGUGAAUGAAAAGCUCCAACACUGAUGAGUCGAUGAAUAAAAAAAGAGACAGAG